AUGUCUGAUUCUUUUGACUAUACUGAUUCUAGCCGUGGUAGUUGUGACUGCAGUAUUCAUCUCAAAAAGACAUGCGUAGGACAGUUCUUACCUGGACAGAUACCUAGACAAAUAUUCACGGGACAAGAUCGAAUACAACAGCAAGACUUUGUUAUCAUUAAUGAAAUUGGGACGACAGUGGAUGGAACGGGAUUUGGCACAGGAUCAAUUUUGCCAUUGUUUCCUCUUGUUCUUUUAACAUUGGCUAUUACCAUGAUGGGAAUGACGACUAUGAGUGAUGUUACUAUUGGGACAACAACUGUUCCGGUUACUGUUCCAACAACAAUAACAGCUACAAUAUCAGCUACACAAACAACACCAUGCGUUCCAACAAAUUGCCCUGCAGGAUAUAGGAUGAUAAAUGACCAAACUAUUAGUACUUCCUGUUACUUCUACAGUGUAAAUAAUGAAGCGUCUUGGUCUACUGCUCAGAAAAUAUGUUCCAUGCAACCAGGAGCCUACCUAUGGAAGCCAGACAGUCAACAAGAAGCUGAAGCUGUCCAAAGUGCAUUUAGUAUCGUCAGUGUACCAAAGGGACAGGAGGGGCCUGUUCCAAAGCAAUGUGCUCCAGAGGGGACAAAAGAGGAUGUGCCACAGGACCUGGUGGUCGAGGCUGUGGAACAGUCAGCUCCGGUAGCAGCUGACCCAGAGGUAAGUGUAUCAGGAGAACAGGAGGUACCUGUUCUUGUAAAUGGUAUGGAGACACUUGCCACCUCUGAAGAGACACUGGUCACUCCAGAUGAGACGGAAGUGCCUACAGCACACAGUGAGAAGCAGUCAGCUUCAGUGCCUGCCAGCACAGACCCCAUGGGUUUCAAGAGGGAGAUACCUGACACAUAG